GCAUCGCGAAAGGCCGCCGCGAUGCACCAUGACGACGACGAUCGAUGGAGCCUGCCGCAAGUGAAAAAGCUCCUGGACUCGCAAGAGGUCAAUGCGCGGAAUUCUUUGACCGGCCGUGCGGUGCUACAUGAAGCUUGUAUCCGUGGCCUGAAAGACGUUGUCCUGUACUUGCUCGACAAUGCGGACUGCGACGUCGAAGGAUGCGCUACUCCGCUGCACCUUGCGGUGCACGCAAGCAAUCGAAGCAUCGUGUUUCUGUUGUUGUCCUACGGCGCGAAUCCGAACGCACGAGAUAGGUUUGGAUCGUCGCCGCUGCAUUAUUGUACCAAGCGAAGCGUGGCCGUCCAUUUGAUUCAGUUUGGUGGGCGUGUGCUAGCUGCAAACAAGAAGCGCAAGACGGCAGCGGCUCUGAUUCAGUCCAACGUCGACGCUGAAACGGCGCUCAAGGUCUACACGGACGAAAUCGUCGAGGCCGAAUACAAUGCUCGCAAGCACAGUCACCCCCGCCACCACCACCCUCAGCGCUAG